UGCUAGCCAGGCAACCGUCCUAGAGACUGACGCCGCUGGCCACACCAUGAGCGUGAUCUACCCGCUGGCGGUGCCCAAGGGGCGCCGGCUCUGCUGUGAGGUGUGCGAAGCCCCGGCCGAGCGGAUGUGCACGGCCUGUACAGUCACUUAUUACUGUGGUCCUGUGCAUCAGAAGGCUGACUGGGGCAGCAUCCAUGCAAAGAUAUGCCAGCUGCUGAUCCCUCUGCGCACCAGCAUGCCCUUCUUCAACUCAGAGGAGGAGAGGCAGCAUGGUCUGCAGCAGCUGCAGAGGCGGCAGGAGCACUUGAUUGAAUUCUGCUACACUGUUGCCCAGAAAUAUCUCUUUGAAGGAAGACAUGAAGACGCCGUCCCUGCAGCUUUGCACUCCCUUCGCUUCCGCAUGAAUGUGCAUGGCCUGAGCUCAGUCGAGCUUGUGCCUGCUUACCUGCUCCUGGCUGAAGCCAGCCUUGGUCUGGGCCGGAUAGUGCAGGCUGAAGAAUAUCUAUCCCAAGCCCAAUGGACAGUCCUCAAGUCAACUGACUGUAGUAACGCCACCCACUCUUUACUGCAUCGGAACCUGGGCCUUCUCUACAUAGCCAAGAAGAACCUCGAGGAAGCCCGGUACCAUCUGGCUAAUGACAUUUAUUAUGCCAGUUGUGCAUUUGGGACAGAAGACGUCAGGACCUCAGGAGGCUACUUCCACCUGGCCAACAUUUUCCAUAGCCUUAAGAAAAUGGAGCUGGCUGACACACUGUAUACAAAGGUCUCGGAGAUUUGGUACACAUAUCUGAGCAGUCACUGUCAAGCCCUCUUGCAUGAUCAUACCCAACAGACAGAUUUACUGGGCAAACAGUUUGUGAAUGACACCGGCUUGGAUGAAGCCCAGGAAGCAGAAGCCAUUCGGAUCCUAACUUCAAUCCUGAUCAUUCAGGAAUCUACUUCCACUCAAGCGCCCCAAAAAAGCAUCCUUAUUCUUAAGACUCUGGGCAUACUUUACUUUCUGAUGUUGGAGUUUUCAAAGGCGAAGGAAUAUGCCACGAAAGCCCUCAGUCUAGCUGAGGCGUAUCACAGUGAGGAGGAGCAAGGGGUUAUUCAAGAGUUGCUGAGUGCCAUCUCGGCUGAGGAGAAGCAGCUCACGACCUAGAGGCCACCUUGCUGGUGCUGCCGUGGGCUGUGGGCUGUGGGCUGACUGGUGGUGCAGAACUGCUCACAGGUCCUCUGGCCUGCUCCCACCCCUCCCCGGGGACCGCCUGAGGGGCUGUGAUCCUGUUAGCUGGUGACUAGAGCUUUGGGCGCAGUGUUCAAUAAAACUUGGUUAUCAUGA